UUGAACAAGAUAUUAGGAUUUGCAGAAGAUUAUGAAAAAAUUAUAAUUAAUUGUAAACAUGAGUUAGUAUUAUUACGAAGCAAUACAAAUCUUAAUGCGAUCAAGGUAAAUACAGGUGAAGUUGUAGAAGAUAUUAUAAUAAAUAAAAUAGUUUGGCGAGUUCCACACAUCAAAGUAUCAGAUCGUGAAAGUAUCAGCCUAUUAAAACUUUUAGAGAAAGAUAGAGCUAUUCCAUUGGCAUUCCGUUCCUGGGACGUAUAUGAAUAUCCAUUGCUACCCAAAACACGUAAACAUACUUGGUCUAUAAAAACUUCAUCGCAAAUAGAGAAACCACGAUUUGUGGUCAUCGCCUUGCAAACCAACCGCAAACAUAACGCGAAAUUAUCAAUGGCAGAGUUUGAUCAUUGUCACGUACGAGAUGUAAGAGUCUUUUUAAAUUCAUCAUAUUAUCCUUAUGAGGGGCUGAAUGUCAGUUUUUCAGAAGAUAAGUUUACUUUAUUAUACGAUCAGUAUGCGAGAUUUCAACAGUCGUAUCAUGGACGCCGGUUAGAGCCUUUGAUGGGUUUAAAGGAGUUCAGAGACGUGGCUCCAUUAUUUGUAAUUGAUUGUUCAAGACAACACGAAACUUUAAAAGGUUCGAUCGAUGUGAGAGUUGAAAUCGAAACAGACCAAGAAAUACCAGAUCAGACAACCGCUUAUUGCUUGAUAUUAAACGACUGUAUAUUCGAAUACAAACCACUGAGUAAUAUCGUUAAGAAAAUAGUUUUCAAAAUUUAG